AUAUCCCCCUGGCAACGCAGCUCUGGACAGAGAAUCACCGGCACCGCGCUACGGACACAUACACAGCGGGCAGAGUUUUUGAGUCACUUUUACCCGUCCAAACGUCAAGAGUCAGCCUUGCCAAAUAGGCUAAGCCACAGCGGGAUGCGUGAGCCGCAUUUCCUGAGGUAAAUCACCGAAUCUAACGGCCCCUCGAUGCGCUUAACUGGAGACGCCGCCGUUCACACAGUAAAUAACUUUAUUCUGCUAUAACCUGGUGCUGCAACUGAGGGAAACUCACAACUUGUGGAUCAUUUGAACUUUUAUUGCUAAGUCUUUGGAUGUACUAGCCACUGACUGCAUUUACACACCAAGUGUGUCGUUUAUUUGUCCUUUUUGGAUAUAUGCUCGUUGAUUGUAGUCUCGAGCGCAACAACUGGCUUUAAGACUAGUGACUUAAAGUAAAGCAUCAUGAGCCAAGCGGAGAUAUCGACGUGCUCGGCGCCUCAGAGAGUCUUCCAGGAGGCGGUGAAGAAAGGCAACACGAAAGAGCUCCAUUCACUGCUGCAGAACAUGACCAAUUGCGAGUUUAACGUAAAUUCCUUCGGGCCCGAGGGACAGACGGCGCUGCAUCAAUCGGUCAUCGACGGAAAUCUGGAGCUGGUGAAACUGCUGGUGAAAUUCGGAGCCGAUAUUCGGCUGGCGAACCGGGAGGGCUGGAGCGCAUUACACAUAGCCGCUUUCGGAGGACAUCAAGACAUCGUGUUAUACCUCAUCACCAAGGCCAAGUACUCGUCCGGUGCGCGGUGAUCCGGGUCAAAGCACAUUGGGAAAGAUCAUUCUAGCAAACGCCUGACGGACGCCGGCGAAGUUCCCUUGUACCUGUAACCAGAUGAGGGCUUGUCCGGCUGGUUCUUUACACGGCCACGAGAAACUGAAACGCACAUUGUUUUUCAUGUGCGUUGGUACUAUAGCUUUUUAUUGAAUGUCAACCCGGGGCUUGACCUAUUGACCAGUCCACCGAUGUGACCGCUGGAGAAAUCAAUAUGGCACUUGAUGCUGUGGCUGAAUGCUGGAAUAUUUGAAAGGGAAAGAGGUGAACCCCAGAAUGAAGGCCACCAUCAUCUAUUUUGGCUAAACACUGUUUUUUUUUAAACGAACCUUCCUUAAGUCGUUUCAUCAAUCAAAUCAUGUGGCAUGCUGCGGUGUUGGUGAGCAAUGCUAAAAUAUGUCCUCGACAUAACAACUGACUUUUUCUUAAGUACUGUACACAUAGCUUUACUGCGUUUCUCUGUAAAAGUAGUCCAUUGCGCUCUGCCUUCACCUAGCAGAUUGCUUUACACAGCUUUCAGGCCAGUGCGACCCAUGUCUAUGAUUAACGUGUUACUAAAAAAAAAGCUGCUUUCGCUUUUUUAAAAAAGAUUUUUUCUCAAAACGUCAGUAAAGUCGCAUUUGGUACACACUUCAUAAUCUUUCAGUAUUUUUAAUUAACACCCUGGUCAUCACAGUGAAUACAGGCUGGGUUUGUUUUGGAUUUUUAUUUUAUUUAUGAAGGUACAUUGAGAUGAUGCAUUUUAAAUUAUGUUGUGCUUAUUUUUAAGAAUAUAGCCUAAGUGUAUGUAGGGUGACCUAAAGCUGCUUCGGACUCAUUACAGGCUAAACUGUCCCGUGUGGAGACCCCCCCAAUCCAACUUUUAUUUUGGUUCUCUGCAUCAGCUACCUCGACUUUAAAGUAUUCGACAAUAUCAGAUAUAUGCUGUCUUUUUCAUGCUUUCUCAUUAACUCUUCUUAGUUGCCCACGUGCGCUCUUUUUAUUUUUUUUGGACGUAAAAAAAUCGUCUACGCCUAUUUUUUUGCGCAAUUAUUUCAGCGAUUUCUAAUCGUCAACAUAAUUUUUUAAUCUUCACUCGGGACAAUUUAUCUCCAAAGCCAAAUUAAGAUUGAUUGGUUAUUCGAAACAUAUUGAUUCUUUUUUAUUUUCUUUGCCAAGUAUGGUUGAGACAUUAUAAAUGUUUUCUUUCAGCCGAUCGCUACAUAUCGCAUUUCCAUUCUUUGUUUCUAUCGUAAAAGCUAAAUACAUCGCAUGGCUAUUAAAUGCAGGGAGUUUUGUUGCACAUACAAAGUGAAGCCUUUUGCGACCCUUAGUGCCUGGUCGGGUAACUGCAGGAGCCGAGGCUUACGAAAAGUUACUACUGAGCAGGACUAUAUGAACAUUAUUAUUGAAAAGACUUUGACUUCUGCUGCAGUCUCGUUCAAAAGACUGCCUGCUGCCUUUAAGAGUCAUGACACCUGGUGUUGGUUUCAAUGCUGCUUUUAUGUAAGUUUUUCCUUUUUCUUUCUUUUUGAUACAGUGGCCAACGGUGAGUGAAUUAGGUCAAAUACCAGUCUAUUUGUGAGAAGCCCCAUGAAGUUGUAUGCAAUUGUAUGACUGUACUUUUGUAUUCAGCCCCCCACACUCACUCCUGGUUAAACUGUUUCCAACAAUGUAACCAGGGACUUUCAACUCCUCCUACACCUGGAGAUACAACAGAUGUGAUUCUCAUGAUCAUCUACUAGAUUUGAUGAUAUAGGCAGAACAAAUAUGCAUUGCUUGUCUUAAACUUGAUUUUUUUUCCUCUUGUCGAAAAUAUUGCACUGAUGACUGUUGUUAAAACGUUGACUUAAGGUCAACAUUUUAUUUUUUCUAAAUAGAAAAAAGGAACACAACAAAAUACUAUUGUAUAAAAAAAGCUCCAGGUUAUAUUGUCUCUUUUUGUGUGUUUCAUUGUAUAACAUUACUUUUGCAAAGAUGUUUCUAUCUCUGUGAUCGGGUGUAUGUGUAUACAUAUAAAGGCUAUAUAUGGAUAUAUAUAUAGACGCUGAUAUCUCAGAGCACUUCCUUAUUUGAAGUGCUCUCCUCCUGAUGUUAAUAAAGGGGAAUAAUACUUGUGAUGGUAAGAUCAUUGUAACAAAAAUAAACUGCACGAUGUAUAGUUGUUUUACCCCACCAUUUGUCAUAACAUUUAUGAUAUGGGGAUUAAAUGACAGGAUAGGUGUAUAUGAAUGAGUAAAAGUAUUUUUUUUUGUGCGUCUGCUUUUUGUUUGUAUUCUUUUUGAACAUUUGUAACACUGUGAUUCAUGCGUGAUGAGAAACCGAGUGCUGUAGUAUUUUGUUGUUGUUGUUGUUGUUGAAUGUGCGUGUGCAUUCAAGCCAGUAAAGAAAUCAUUAAACCUUCU